AUGCUAAAUACUUCACCCAUAAAUAUCGAACAAUGGCUUCAGGACAAUGGCCAUCUUCUGCAGCCUCCGGUCAACAACUUUUGUCUGCACAGAGGCGGUUUCACGGUGAUGAUUGUGGGAGGGCCCAACGAACGGACUGAUUACCACGUCAAUCCCACACCAGAAUGGUUUCACCAGAAACGGGGCUUCAUGACCUUGCGGGUCGUUGAUGAGACCUUGGAGGGUGCAGCUCGCUUCAAGGAUGUCACGAUUCGCGAAGGUGACUCGUAUCUGCUACCUGCCAAUGUGCCACACAACCCCGUUCGUUACGAAAAUACUGUGGGCAUUGUUGUGGAGCAGGAUCGUCCCGAGGGCAAACACGAUAUGCUGAGAUGGUACUGUUCGAAAUGUCAGUCCGUGGUGUGUCAGUUUGACUUCCAGAUGCAUGAUCUGGGCACCCAGGUGAAAGAGGGGAUUCUCGCGUUCGACAGUGACUUGAAGCACAGAAUAUGCUCCAAUUGCGGGACUGAGAACUUCUCAAAGCCGCAGUAA